UCACUGGGGUCCAGAAACAGAAUGUAAUGGUCGAUGACUUCACGAUAAUAUCGUUGUUAUGGCAACCGAAUUGUUGACAUGGCGCCUACGGUUCGGGGAGAAGAACUGUACAGAAUAAACAGUCACCUCCACCGUUAGAUCACUGCACGUAUUUGGAUGCUGCAGUGUUAUGAUCUAAUCAGGAAUGAAGGCUGUGCUGCAAUCUCCAAACACUUUCUCCAACAAUGUAAAGAAAAAGACAAUUCAACCUCUGAGCCAACUGGUGGAGGAAACAAGGAAGACUUCCAAAAUCUCUCAUCACCUUCUUGAAACUAGGAGUUUUGCCAACGUUAAGUGCAAUAAUGUGGUUGUGGCUGAACCAUCAGAACUGCAUUUUAGUGGGUUUGAAGUGGGAAAGGAGUACAAAAAGUCUGUGAAGCUGAUCAAUAUUUAUCCUGAGGUGAUCCAGGUCCACAUUCUUCCUACUCAAACUAAGUACUUUCGAACUGAAUGUUUGCAAAAGAGUCGUCUAGCCCCAGGCCUCUCUCACACUAUUACUGUGCACUUCAGUCCAGAUGAGUGGCGCUACUUUUUUGACAGCAUCCGGAUUCAUUGCAAGGGGGAGGAGAACCUGCUGGUUAAUAUUCAUGCUUAUCCUGUCAUUGAUGAUCUCAAUAUCCCAUCUCAAAUAAAUCUGUUUCCUGUGCCACUGGGACAAAGCUCCACUUGUGUAAUUCCUCUGAGCUGCAGUUGUCCAGUAGACUUUGAGUUCCAGGUGCAAUGCUUGAAGUCCCACGAAGCUUUUAGCAUAUAUCCUUUGUCAGGAAUCAUCCCAGCCAAGGGGAAGACAGAUUUAUCAGUGACAUUCUUACCAGAGCAGUAUGGAAUGGCUGAAAUCACUCUACAGCUUGUCAUCUCUCAGUUCAACUUAAAACCAUUUAUCUGCACGUUAACUGCAUCCUGCUCUCCCAAUCUUACUCUAAACCACCAGAAAGAAAAUAAAGAGGAUUCUAAAACUGCAGAAGAUGUACAAACAGAGAAGGUUAUGUACAUUGUUGCUCCCAAACUAAGGACUAAAUUGACACCAAGGUUAGAGAAGCACAAAAAGAAGAUAAAAUCAGACCCAUAUACACAGAUCUCUGAUGUCGAUCUCUCCAAACAUGGACUUGCUAAAAUGCUCAUUCAGCGGCAAGACAAAAUGAGCUACAAGGAUCUCAGAGAGGCCAUGUCCCAGACCACUUCUGCAUACCAGACAAGACAGAUGAAAGAAGCUGCAUUUGAAAAUCAAGUUCGAAUAUAUGUCCAAAAAGCUAAUCAAUUUCAAUGGCAGGUGCAACUAGGUGACGAUUUGUUCUCAGCAGAACAGAAAAUACAGAUUCUGAAGGAACAGGAAGUUGCAGCUUCUGUGUAUAAGAUGAAGAAAGACAUGGAUGGCAGGGAAAUGGAUAUCAACCAGGUUUUCCCAAAACUGUCAUCUCAUCGUGUUGUACGUUGUGCUGGACAGAUUCCUGACUGCACUCCUGUGUUUGACAUUUAUGGCAGUAGCCAAAUGGAGGUCAGGUCGCGAGCACUUCGACUCUUCCAACAAGCUGUUCGUAAGGUCAUUCUGCAAAUCUGUAUGAAUAAGAGGCUGCUUCGUUUGCGAGACGUAGCUUCCAGUACAAAGAGGCAAGUCAGAGGAGAAAAAAACAAAGACAUGUAUGAAAAGAAAGAGCUUUUAAAUCUGUCAUCAGGAAAGAUGCAGCCCUUCAUGUCACCCAUCGUUCCUUCUACAAAACACCCUGAAGAACUUCUCAUUAAUACAAUUGGAAAGGUUCAUGUAGGUUUACUUGAAGAAAAUGUGACUUCCACCAUUCCACUUUUUAAACUAAAGGUUCCUCAGCAUUACAAGCUCAUGGGGUAUCAGAAGGUCACUUUGUACGAUUCCAAAGACUUUUUUGGCCCCAAAACCCAGUGUAGACAGUUGCGCACAGGAACACAGAACGAACUUCUGCCCAUGGUGUUGUCUCCUGAUGUAAUCUCUUACAAUGAGAAGGAGCUGCAGGAAGAGAAGAGACCAGAGCCAGACCUCAACCACAUGCUCCUUUUCAGUACUCCUCAUAAUGUGUUGAAGCCACAAAAUGUCCAUCCUCUCAGGAUAUUUAACCCUGCUCCGAGUGUGUAUGCCUUCAAACCAACCCCAUUAUACCUAGAGAGUGACCCAGAGUUCCACCUUUGUCCACACACAAGACACACCAUCUGCAAAAGCAGCACUCAAAACAGGUUUUUAGACAGAGAGGACAUCAUAAAAGGAACCAUGAUAUGGAAGAAGGUUCCCUGUGUUUCACUGAGCACUGUUUCCUCCAUUCCAGCACAAACCAGCAGUUGGACCCCACGCAUGCGUGACCCUUUCACUAGUUUGGUGCUGCCCCUGGAAACCCCACCAUCAAUGAAGGACCUUCCUGACAACAUCAGAGAAGAAAUUUCAUUUGAAGAGGCUGAAGAUACAGGAGUCAGGCUGAAUCCUGACAUGGUUCACGCUGAGUUCGUGGCAUUUGAAAAUUCACCUUUUAAAACUUCCAAAGAAGAUUCCAUUAAGGAUGACAGAGACACACAUGAAAAGCCAUUGGAAUCAAGUUUGAAAUCACAAACCAACAAACUGGGAUCUAAAGUCCUAGCACGGAUGAAAUAUAUAAAAUCAUUGAGCAGGAAUAGUGCAGUUUCACAUAACCAAUAAUUGUUUUUUUUUCUUUAUAGUUAAAACAAUGUGCAAAGUUGUUCUUACGUAAUCAAAUCAAAUAAUAAACUGAUUUAUUUUUAUUUUAAGCACUUUUGCUAUUUAAUUUGUAAACUGCAGUUUGGUACUUUUGGAUCUUUUGGAACAUGUUUUGGCCAAAAGUACCAGACAGAAGUUUACAAAAUAAAUAACAAAAGUCACAUAAUCUUAUCAUAAUAAGAUGAUAGAUCAUAUACUGAAAAGUAUGCUGCUAUUAGCAAAGAUAUACAGUACUUUUUCAUGCAUGCAGGUAAUGUCCUAAUAUAUUUCUAAAAUUUGAUGGAGAAUUCUUAUAUAGUUAAGAAUUUUUAUUCACAUUUUAAAAGUGGUUUUGAUUUGUUAGCUCACUUUUUAAGCAAGAGCUUAGCCAAUGAGAUGGCCAAAAUAAAGUUCUCUGUGUUUGUAGUGUCUAACAGUUCGAACUUUCGGACAUCACAGUCUUACUGUUGCAACUACAUAAUGGUCAAUAAUUUCACUGGGAAAGAAGCUCAUAUGGGUAAAUUUAUGGAGCUUAUAUGUUCUUCUGAUCGUAUUGUCAAAAGCAGGCUAAUGUUUCAGAUCCAUCCUGUACCCCAGGUCGUACUUCACAGAUUCACUAUUAGUAUCAUUGUCAUAUCUGUAUAAGUUGUUUGUAUAUAUCUGCAUAAAACUUCAGAGGUAAUCCACAAAUGCAGAACACAUCCUGUAAUUCCAUAAAACUCUUACUCCAAACAGAA